GGUGAUUGAAGAGAUCUAGCAGAAUAACUGACGUGGGAAAGUGUUACGACACAAGACAUUUAUCUCCCACCAAUAUCUCCAGUAUAAACACGGACUUAUAUGGAUAGAUUUCAUCUGAUAAUAACCCUAAACCCGUAAACUUUAAACAGCGCAAGAAUUUUCACAGAGGAGUAAUUAUUUUUGGAAGGACAAUAGUGGUAUUGUCAGUUACUGUUUGGACUGGGACAAUUCACAAUUGGAUACAACGUGAGUUAUGAAUAUUAAUGAAAACAGAGGAACACUAAACAAAGGAACUUGAGCUGGAUUUAAGAAGGAAGGUAUAAAGUGACAGCCAUGAAACAAAAGAAGGCAGAAGUAGAUUGUCCUCGUAGACAUUUAAAACAAACAAAACAGCGCGAUGGGAAUUCUGGCACAGAAAAGACAAAGGUAUCUCGGAGAAAUUCUGGAGAUCAUUCCGAAAUAAAUAAACAAACCAUUGUUAUUCCAGCGGCUCCUCUAGAGAGAGGUUCCAGCAGCGACGAUCUGGACAUAAAUGAAUCUGACCAACUGGACAAUAGUAUCAGUGAAGUGGCAAUAACUGAAGAGAGCCAACCCAAUAAAAUUAAUGUUUCAAUCAGUGAAUCCAAGCAGGCGACAGAGCAUUCAGGGAUAAACGACAGUGAAAAUUUAAGUGCAGGAGAGAUUUUAAAGGGUGAUAUACAUCAAGAAGAAAGGAGUAAAAUUUCCUUAGAAACUCAGUUCAUGACAUACACAGAAAACAAAAAUACUGAUAUUAAAACAGAUUCAGAUGGUAACGAAGUGGAUAGCGCAGCAGAAAAGAAGGCUUGCUUCUCGCCAGAAUCGAAGGAUUUGAACGAUACUAUGGAAAUGAAAGGCAAUAGGAACGACCUUAGAACGAUAGUAGAAGAAAGCGAGGAGAGAGCGGAAACUAGGAAUUCCAGCAGGAGCUCGUACAAAAAGUUUUCAAAUAAAGAAAAAAGUAUGCAACUAAGGAGAUCCAGUGGUUCGUUCAUCUCUUCGCCUAGAAGAUCUAGCAGACAUUCAUUUUCUUGUGUCGAGGACAAAAAAUCUUUUAAAGAAAAACAGGAUCUAAGGAGAUCACAUUCCGCAGUGGAAAGACCGAAGUCAAAAGUGAGUAGGUCCCAAAGUGACCCGUUCAAGUUCACGAAGGCCGAGCUGGAGUGGUACUUGCCAAGGAAGAGCUUUUUUGAUUGUCAUGAUAAAGCCCUGAAAGACGCUGGCUUAGAAACUGCUGAGACCACGAACAGAAUGGAGCAAAUGAAACAAAGAGUUGCCGAAAAGAUUAGAAAGGAGAGAGAAAUGAGAGAAAAACGUCACCAGCUCGAAAACCCUGUCCCAGAAGAACAAGUUACAGAGAAUACAGUGGCUAGAGAGGAAAACCAAGAUACAACUCAGGACAAUAAAAGUGAGUGUGAUGUGGACACGAAGAGUGUAACUGACAAAAACGAGGAUGAGGAUGACACAGUGAUAUCAAAAUUACAAGAGGCACAGACGUCUCCGAACAAGCCUACAAGUUCUAGAAAAAUUUCUCGACAAAAGAAGAAGGUCCUUGGUGACGAUGAGGACGACGUUCGUGUGGAUUAUCAGCCUCUUCUUCAUUAUCUCAAAUACGUUCAGGAGCACCCAGAAGAAUUUUAUUCUCACCGGAAACAAAGCGCUCAGCAAGAUCACGUCGGAUCUCGCGCUAGCCCUUGGAUCGUUCGUCUGGCAGAAAUCACCAACCGAAGAAAUCUGAACACCGCCCAGUGUUUAACGACGCAUAGUCCAGUGGUGGAAGCAGCACGUGACAUUCGGCCAAGGACGACUGACCCUGGUCAGUGGACCAUGUCUCAGAAAGAGAGGACACUUUUAGGUAGCAUUGCUCCUGGGAAGGGAAAUGUAUUCACUGCAAUAAAACAGGAUCUUCCGACACAUGAUUCACAAAACCAAGACGACGGAAAGUCAGACUUUGAGAAAGAGAAAAUGAAACUAGAGAAAUGGCUAAAAACUGUUUCUACAGCAGGGUUAAUGAAAGCAAAAGAACUUGCCCUACGUGAUCUUGGGGAGGAAGAUAGUUAUCAGACCAAAUGGUGGUCAACGUUGCAAACUUGUUCUUACCUUAGGCAAAAGGGAAUUAACUCCAGUUAACGACAUCAGUAAUUUUACCAACAUUUGGAAACAGUAGUCUGCAUGUGCAAUGCAUUUAUUUUAAAUGACAUCACCUUUAAUUCCUAUUGAAUAUUACUGUCCAUU